CAUCAUUUGGCGAAUUGAGAAUGGUGAAGCAAAUAGGGACAUAGCGAAGGAAUUAGGGGUUGGACAUUCAACAAUUUCGGUAAUAUGGAAAAAUCGCGAUAAAAUUAAGCAGAGCUUCGAGACAAGUUCUAUGAAAUCAAAAAAACUUCGUCCUAGUCAAAACAAUGACGUAGAUCAAGCGUUGCUGAAAUGGUUCAAGAUACAAAGAGCGAAUAAUAUUCCUAUAAGCGGUUCAAUUUUGCAGAGUAAAGCAAAUGAUUUGGCUGAGAAGUUGGGUAGACCUCGCGAUAUUACAUCUGCAUGGAUACAACGAUUUCGCCAGCGCCAUGCAAUCACAAGUGGUAGAAUAAGUGGUGAGGCAGCAGCAGUUCCAACUGGUAUUCCUGAAGACUGGUUAAACAAUGUGUGGCCAAAAUUACGUGAUAUUUAUCCAGAUGAAAAAAUUUACAAUGCUGAUGAAACUGGAAUUUUCUUCAAACUGACUCCUGAAAAAACAUUACGUUUCAAAGGUGAAAAGUGCACGGGGGGGAAAUUGUCAAAAGACAGACUAACUGUUUUAGUUGCCGUGAAUAUGGAUGGGAGUGAUAAGCACAAGCUGAUGGUUAUAGGGAAAAGUGCUAAACCUCGUUGUUUCAAAAAUGUUAAUUUAUUGCCAGUAACAUAUGAAAGUAACAAAAGUGUGUGGAUGACAAGUGAAUUGUUCGCUUCCUGGCUACGAAAAUGGGACAAUGAACUGAAAUUGAAAAAUGAUAAAAUAUUGUUGAUGGUAGAUAACUGUCCAGCACAUCCACAUGUUGAAAAUCUUACAUCUAUAAAUUUGGUGUUCCUCCCGCCUAAUACAACAUCUGUUUUGCAACCCUUGGAUCAAGAUGUUAUAAGGUCUCUGAAAGUCAACUAUCGGAAAAGUCUCAUUCUACAAAUCAUUCAAGAUUUGGAUGAAGGAUGUGAAACAAAAGUCUCUGUACUCGACGCAAUUACAAUGUUAGAAAGAGCUUGGAAUGAAGUCACAUCCAUUACAGUGAAAAACUGUUUCAGACAUGCAGGAUUUUUAAUACAGUCUGAUAACAUUAUUGAAUCUGCAUGCACAGAAGAGUCGUUACAAGAAUGGGGGAGAAGUUUGGCUCAACCAGUGUCUCAGGAUUUCUUUGAAGAGUAUGAAGAAGUAGACAAGGAUUUGGAAACGACGGCAGCUGUAAGUGAUGAGGAAUUGCUGACUUCGACUUUGAGAGAAGAAGACGACGUUACAAACACUGAGAAAGACAAUGAUAAUGAUGAGGAAAUCAAUCCACCAACACUGACUGAAGCUUCUAGUGAUUCGGAAACGUCUGACAGCGAUGAAGACAGUGAUACUUCGUUAUCUGGUCUGGAGGAGUUGGAUUGA